AUGCCCGCUAUCUCACACUUCUCAGCUCUCCGUAUGACUCGUAAACUAGCCCUAUGUCUUGCGCUCCUCCCGUUCCUCGUAACGGCGCAAUCCUCCUCUGAACGAACCCGCUGGAUUACCGACCCAGUCGACUUCGUGAACCCAUUCAUCGGGACGACUAACGUUGGCCAUGUCUUUCCAGGUGCUACGAUCCCCCAUGGAAUGGUGAAAGUAGGAAUGGACACCGACUCUCCUGGAAACCAUGCGGGUUACGACAGUAACCCUAUCUACAACGUAACCGGCUUCAGUCAGCUUCACGAUAGUGGUACUGGAGGGUCGAUUCCUCUUUCGAAUUUCAAAGUUUGGGCAUAUCCCAAUUGCACGAGUUUCGAGCGGUGCCCUCCUUCACUUGCAAACCGAAAGCUGUUGAGAAAGGUCCGGGAGGAUGGUCAUGCGGACGACUUCGCAUCGCCAGGAUACUUCUCAACAAACCUGACUAAUGGAAUGAGGGUAGAACUCACUGCUACUCGAAGAACAGCUCUGCAUCGAUAUACCUUUCCUGCUGGAACGACCCAACCUCGCAUUCUGAUCGACCUAACGAACGACGGACAAAGAAGCUCCACCGAUCCCAUUCUCACCUUGGACCCCGAUAUUGGAAAGGUCGAGGGAGGAGCGUCAUUUGCCGCGUCAUUCGGACCAGGACGAUAUAGGGCGUACCUCUGUGUCACCUUCAGAGGAUCAGGAUAUUCGAUCGGAAAGCCGACCGAGUAUGGAGUGUGGCUCAACAACUUCCCAGUGCGAGGAACAACCGACGUCCAACAAGUGUACUAUGGGUUCCAGCCCGAGAUGGGCGCCUUGUUCACUUUCAAUCCAUCACCCACUGGUCAAACAUCGAUCCUCGUACGAGUUGGGGUAUCCUUCAUCUCAAGCGCUCAAGCGUGCGAGACGGCGGAACACGAAAUACCGAACUUUGAAUUUGACGAGGUCCAUCGAAAAUCGAGGAAACAGUGGAACGAUGUGUUGUCUCGAGUUCAGGUAAACCCUGAGGGAGUUCCCAGAGAGACUGUGGAGUUGCUAUACUCUUCGAUCUAUCGAACGCAUAUCUCCCCUGCUGACUACACUGGAGAGAACCCAAACUGGGAAUCCAAGGAACCGUACUACGACUCGCUGUACUGCAACUGGGACACAUACCGCACGCUGUUCCCUCUCAUGUCACUGCACGACCCUGUCACCUUCGCUCAUAUCGUCAGGGACGCCGAUCCCAUCCUUGGAGAGUUCUAUGUCAAGUUCCACGAACAGGCUGCCUCUCUAGGUGUUUCAGCUGUGGAUCUCUACGAUGCCUUGCUUGCCGACGCUGAGAAACAACCUCCCAACUGGAACCUUCAGGGUCGACAAGUUGAAGUGUGGAAAGAGCUCGGGUACAUUGCGCAGGACAUGUUUUCUCCCGGUGGAGCUAAUACUAAGCAGGUGUCGCGGACGCUAGAGCAUGCCUUCAACGACUUCGCCAUUGCUCAAGUCGCAAAGGUACUCGGGAAAGAAGACGAAUUCAAGAAGUACCUCAAACGCGCGCAAAACUUCGAGAACGUCUGGAAUGCCAACGUUUCUGUUCCGGAUGAGCCCAGUAUCGUUGGGAUGAUGCAGCCUCGGUUUGCGGAUGGAACCUGGAACUACACCGACCCUCGUCACUGCAGCAUCCACGAUCCUGAGAAGGCAACCUGCUUCCUGAACGCAGUUCGAAGGGAUGGCUUCUACGAAGGGUCACCUUUGGUCUAUUCCCAGUAUGUACCUCAAGACACUGCGAGGCUUAUCGAACUCCAAGGUGGAGUCGACACUUUCGUUAAACGGUUGGACUUCAUCUUCGCCAACGACUACUUCGAAUCUACAAACGAGCCGUCCCAACAAAUGCCGUUCAUGUAUCACUACGCCGACAAACCUGGGCUGAGUACACAACGAUCUCGACAAGUUAUAGCCCAGUUCUUCAACACCUCCAGGAAUGGCCUUCCAGGAAACGAUGACUCUGGUGCCAUGGGAAGUUACGCCGCCUUUUACCUUUUGGGACUUUACCCCCUUCCAGCGACUCGUCAACUCCUACUCUCAUCUCCAUUCUUCAAGGAGGUAGCAUUCCACAACCCUGUUCUCAAAACGACAACCAAAAUUAAAGCCGUCGGAUUUAAUGGCAAUCCCUCUGACGGGACUGGCGGUAACGUCUUCGUCAAGAGCGUAACGAUUGAUGGCCAACCAUGGAAGUCAAGUUGCUACCUCGACUGGGACGCAUUUGAGAAGGGGUCAGUUAUAGAGCUGACGUUGACUGAUGAUAUCAGCGUCACCUGUGGGACCGGGGACGAUGCUUUGCCUCCUUCGAUUUCUACUGGAGGAUACGAUUGA